AUGGGACCUAAAAUGGCAGUACGGGUUGGUUGGCCUCCCGAGCUAGUUUUGAAGCUUCUCCAAGCAAUAUCAGAAGACUCUGUGGCUUUACAAACCUACUUCCCCAUCUCGUCAACCCAAGCACUUGGUAAACUGAAACAGUCUAAGAAGUUUUGUGCUCUGUUCUUCAAGAAUGAUAAUUAUAUGAUAGAGAUAGCGAGAUUGGGAUAUGCCAAGAGAGAUUUAGAUGAGGACGAUUGGAACAUAGAAGAAUGGUUGAAGAUUGAUAGUAAAGAUACGGUGUAUGAUAAGGUUGUACUACUCAAGAGACAUUUCAGAAGUGGGAAAUUCAAGGAAGAUAACGGGAUAAGAGAUGAGUGGAGAUCAUUUGACGAUGUACCGAACAGGAGGAAAAGAGACGAACUACUAGAUAAGAUUCCGUACUACUUCUUACUGAAGAAGUUAUGCAAUCCCGACGAAGAUCCAAGCCACUCUCACCCACUCAUUCUCACCCAAACCCCCGCCUCCACAAACACCAUCAGAAGUAAAAGAAGACAACGAUCCCUCUCUGUUAUAUCUAUUUCCUCUUUAGGUUCUGCAUCCUCUGGAUCCGAUGCCCCUAGCUCACCAGUAAGACCCCCGAAAAGCAAGAGGGUCAGAAGGACUGUACCCGAUUCUUCUCCUUUGAUGGACGAUCACAUGGGAGAUGACUCUCGAAGAGCUCUGACGCCUCUGAGAUCGAUCACGCAAGGACUCAGCGACCAGCUCAUUUCGCAUGUGCAGUCGCAGGAGGAAAAUACCGAUUCUGAUGAUGAUAGUCAGGAUAGCUUUACAGAAUCGGAGUCACACGAUCCACCAUUGCAUUGUCCUUCGCCUGCCUGUAGUGGCGAAAAUUCCACGUCAGAUGUGGAAGAAGUGCAACCCCCAAGUAUCCUCGCCAAGCCCAGCAAAACAAGGAGAUCUGUCAUCAAGAACACCGUGCCGGAUCAAACAAGUGAGAUACCAGAUGGCCCAGGUAGAGGAAUGCAGGAUGCUAUAGAUGUUGAUGAUCAACAGCCUACUGUAUAUCCUCAAGAGCUAAUCGAGGAAGAGAAGCCGCGUGUCACGGAAUUUGUCGAUGAGCUUCCGUCAAACGCUUCUUUCCAGGAGAUUCUGUCUUUUGUGACACGUAAUGGAGCUGUGGACCAAGAUAAAUUGAGGGAAACGCCUAUGGAAAUCCUUGAGAAAGAAAUGGAAGUUGGUAAAAUUAUUCUAGAACUCCUCAAACCGGAUGUAAGAGCAGGCAUUAUGGAAAAGUGCUUGACGAACGGUCAGAAGAAUCGCGUUCUGGGCCGUGCACGAAUGGAGUUAGGAUUAGAGGCCAUACAGCGUACCAUUCAGACUGGCUUAUCCCAAGCGCCGAUUGAAGGCUAUGGCUUCGAAUUUCACUCAAUACCGCCUGGAGACUACGUGGCAACGCUUCUUAAGCCAUUGAUUGAAUCUGCUGGCGGGAACGUGGAGAGUGAGCACUACCAGAUCGAAGAAACAGUGGACCGUCUACUAAAGCGAUCCCGGCGAGAAAACCGAGCUCCCGGAAACGGUAUGCUUGUCUUUGUUGAGCUUUCUUUCGGUAGAAACUUGAAAAGGAAUCUUAACAAACUUGCCAAGUGGAAUGGAUUCUCUGUAGCUUAUUCCGAGAAGUAUUGGAUAGGUGAACAUCAAGUGGCAAGCGGCUCCGAGCGGAAACACCAUUUAGCGGUUCAUGUCAGUAUGAAUCCAAAACCAGACCGCAUAGCGGCCAACGGUAUGACCAUCAAACCUAUGACUCCGGCCGGGUUUUGUGAUUACUUAGAAAUCCAGAGGAGUCAUGCACCUAAGUGCAAGCCUUUCCAACGAAAAUCGAAUCCGGAUAGAACGAGGAAGCAAGGUAAGAAACGUGGAAAGAAAGUCAGGCCGAAAAGUGCUAAGGAAUGGAAAGGUGGCGCCACUAAGCAGAAGAAUGUUGUGAAACGAGAAUGA